UACCAUUUUGGUGUGCUUAAAGCAUGUCAUUCCCUUCUUUUAUUGCAGUUGUAUCAGAGUGGCCAUGGAAAGCAUCUUUCUCUUCCCUUCUUCCUCCGCUAGUUCUGAUGAUAAAGUUGAAAAUUAGAUAAAAAGAGUUGGAAGGUUUCCGGGAAUCCCAGAGUUCAGCAUAUUUAGCCAAUGCCAUGAGCAGAUUUCAGAACAUUCUAUUUUGCUCCAUCACACUCCCCCACAAGGCAGUCCAAGUCCAAGUCCCGCAAUUUUGGAACGGGGUUGGUGAAAGCCUUAUCCCUCCUCCUCUAAUUGUUCUCCCGAGCCCUCGUAUCCUGCCUCCACCUGUCUUCCCCAUCCGAUUCCUCUCGCGGAGACCUCUCGGUCGGUGCAAGCCUCGCCGACUCCUGUAGAGAAUCGGAGAUGCUCUCCCAGGACGCCAGGCUCCGCCACCUUCACCGCUACCGGCGGCGACUCCUCGUGGCUCUCCUGUCGCAUCGUACCCUCCUUGCGGUGCUGUGGACCGUGCUGUUCUCCGCGGUCGUCGUGUGGCAGAGCGGCGCCGUCGGCCGCCUCGGGUUAUUGCGGCGGUGGGCGCCGCCGCCGAGGCCGUGCCCCCGGCUCCGGCCUACGGUCUUCAAUCUGUCGGAUUUUGGGGGAGUCGGGGAUGGUGUCACAUUGAACACCCAGGCAUUUGAGAAAGCGGUGGAGGCCAUCAUGGAGUUUGGGGGAAGCGGCGGCGGGCAGCUCAACGUACCACCGGGAAUGUGGCUCACUGGUCCCUUUAAUCUAACUAGCCACAUGACCCUGUUCCUCGCCGAAGGGGCCGUGAUUAUGGGAAUUGAGGAUUAUAAGCAUUGGACCUUAAUGCCUCCACUGCCAUCAUAUGGACAGGGGAGGGAAUUGAAAGGGCCUCGAUACGGAAGUCUGAUUCAUGGACAAAAUCUUCGGGAUGUGGUUAUAACAGGAUAUAACGGUACCAUAAAUGGACAAGGUCAAACAUGGUGGAAAAGAUAUCGUCAAGGACUUCUGGAACACACCAGAGGACCUCUUGUGCAGCUUAUGUGGUCCAGAGAUAUUGUAAUUUCUAAUAUAACUUUACAAGAUUCUCCUUUUUGGACACUACAUCCCUAUGACUGCAGGAAUGUUACUAUUUCAAAUGUAACAAUUAUGGCCCCCCUUUACGAUGCUCCAAACACAGAUGGCAUAGAUCCUGAUUCAUGUGAGGACAUGGUAAUAGAGAACAGUUACAUUUCUGUAGGUGAUGAUGGAAUAGCAAUUAAGAGUGGUUGGGACCGGUAUGGAAUUGCCUAUGGACGACCAUCAACAAACAUAUUAGUUAAGAAUGUUGUUCUACGCUCCAAGAUGAGUGCUGGAGUAUCAAUAGGAAGUGAGAUGUCUGGUGGCAUCUCGAAUAUCAAAUUUGAAAACAUCCUUGUUUGGGACUCACGGCGUGGUGUGAGGAUCAAGACUGCUCCUGGGAGGGGUGGAUACAUUCACAACAUCUCCUAUAGCAACCUAACCUUCAAUAAUUUGAGUGUUGGUAUCGUGAUCAAGACCGACUACAAUGAGCACCCUGAUGAUGGCUUUGACCCCAAAGCCAUUCCGACAAUCAGGAACUUGACCUUCCGUGGAGUUUAUGGUCAUAAUGUCCGCAUUCCAGUCGAGAUCCAAGGCAGCAAGGAGAUUCUUGUGAGAGGCAUCAGCUUCCAGGAUAUGCAGGUUGGUCUUUCCUACAAAAAGAAGCGAACUUUCCGUUGCUCUUAUGUAGAGGGAUAUGCGGUCGGUCCAAUCUUCCCAGCACCAUGUGACAGCCUUGACCGAUUUUGCAGGUGUGCAGCUUGGAUUUGGGCGUCAAAUCUAAUCCACCCACAAGUCAUUUCCUUCUUCCAUUCCUGGAACCUACACGUACGCCACACACUUUGCUGGUACCCCUUAUCUCUUGGAGAUCUUUUUGAUUUUAUGCUGCCUGCCAAUUUCCUUCUUUCAUUUUUUUUGUUUGUCUCGAGAAACUUUCAGCUACAUAUCUUCCCAAAAGUGGAUAGGGUUCUUCCUUUUUUUUUAUUAUUUGUUUGGGGUCCCAAGUCCUCUUUAAAAAACGCAAUCAUUUAUUGUGUUAUCCAACUUAAGAUAAUAGGGUUCCAACAUUGACUUCAACAUAAGAGGCAAUUCCUAGAAGAACAAUAUUUUUAUUUUUAUUUUUUUAAUCUUUUAUAUAUAUCUUAUAUUGUUGUAUUAACAGUACUGUCUCCAGCCUGUCCCCGCCGAUGUCACGCCGCUCACCAGCUGUGGCUUCAAUUAAUUACCCUGUCCCCUCCCCAUCUGCCGCCCGUGAUUGCAUCAUUCGCCGUUGGAAGCGCGGACGGCGCGCCUCAAGAUUCCCACGCGCUUUUCCCUCCCCCCAAAAACCCACGUUCUCCACGUUUCUCUUCGCUUCCCUUCCCUUCCCUUCCAACCCACCCCAUCCCAUACUAAUAAUAGAUAACUCUUUUCUUUCCCAU